ACACCCUGCUGUAAAUCAAGGAGAGAACAUCCCUCUCAAAAUUCAUACAGGAAUGUGUCUUUGUUACAGACAUUUUCCAGACGAAAAUCUAACACGUUCUAAAGAGAAUACUGGGACAAUAUGUCUAACAUAGAAAGUGGGGAAUGGUCGAAGGCUAUCUAUAGAAUAAUGAUGUCAUUUUGGUUGUUAUUUGGUGAUGUCAUAAAAUGUUAAAAAGGAAAUACUGUAACUUGAAAGGUAUAUACACACUACAUUUACGAAGUUUCCAUCCUCUACGUUGUGUAAGAAAUACGAAAUGUUUUUGUUAAGAGAGGGAUGUGAUCUUAGAAACUAUAAGAGAAAAUUGUUUCUAUAACUUUGUUCAAGUAGUCACCACCCCCCUGAGUGAGAUCAGAGAGCAUGUCAGCCUCACGAACCGCCCUCUUUUGAACAAACUAUAAAACCAUGGGUUAAGAAUUUACAUUUCAGACCAGAGAGAUGUGUAGCUGCAGCUCACGUCCAAAGUGGUUUGAAUUCAAUCUCAACACGAGGUAGAGAUCUCCCAGACAUAAUUUCCCAGACAAUCACUGGUAUGGAUGGUUAGCUGUUCUAAGUAAAGUAUCUAGAAAAGCUAAAUUAAGUGGGACCAUUCUACUACUCUCUUCAAACCAUCAUAUUUUACUACUCAUCACCCCACUGGGAAUCACAGGCUAGCCAGGUGUGUCAUUCUUCAAAGAAUCAUCUUCCAGAGCGAAUGGAAGAAUAACAAUAGAAGACGUGUGGGGAACCCUUUUGGACAAUCAAAGCCUUACAAGCGUGCCGUGAAAAGGCCCAACACCCUUUCCAAGGUCUGGCUCCGACAGAAAUAUGAAGAACCAAGACAUUUACAGGACCAAGGAACGAACCCCAACAGACGCCUGCCGUAUCCAUUACAACAGACACUAUCAGGAGCGGCCACCAUGAGUAGCCAAAGACUCUGAUGAACUGACUCUCCAGCAGACGGACUGACGAUUCCAGAGAAGACCGACAUAUUGGGGCACUGGGUCAGCAGUGAUUGACAUGGAGAACACGGAUGACACAUCGGGCUCCAGCUUUGAGGACAUGGGGGAGAUGCACCAGCGCAUGAAGGAGGAGGAAGAGGUGGCAGAGGAGGCGGAAGCAACUGAAGAGGAGACUGGAGAAGAUGGCGAGUUUCUGGGCAUGAAGGGUAUCAAGGGCCAGCUGGGGAGACAGGUGGCAGAUGAGGUGUGGCAAGCUGGAAAGCGUCAGGCUUCCAAAGCUUUCAACCUAUAUGCCAACAUAGAUAUUCUCCGGCCGUACUUUGAUGUAGAGCCUAUGCAAGUCAGGAACAGGUUGAUUGAAUCAAUGAUACCCAUCCGCAGGAUACAUUUUCCACAGAAGAUUGCCGGGGAGCUGUAUGGGCCCAUGAUGCUGGUGUUCACACUGGUGGCCAUCCUCCUGCAUGGAAUGAAGACAUCAGGAACAGUUAUUAGAGAGGGUACUCUGAUGGGCACAGCCAUAGGGACAUGCUUUGGUUACUGGCUGGGAGUUUCCUCCUUCAUAUACUUCCUGGCAUAUCUGUGCAAUGCCCAGAUCACCAUGCUCCAGACCCUGUCUCUGCUGGGUUAUGGUCUUUUCGGACACUGCGUGGUUCUCUUUGUCACCUACAACGUCCACUUCCACUCCCUGUUCUACAUCCUGUGGCUGGUCGUAGGAGGGCUUUCCACACUGCGGAUGGUAAAUAAGCAGGUGGCUGCUCUCAUCUCUCGGACCGUGGGACCGACCCCGCGCCUCGUCCUCUGUGGAACACUGGGUGCUCUGCAUAUGCUCUUUCUGCUCUACCUGCACUUCGCUUAUCACAAGAUUGUUGAAGGUAUCCUGGACACAUUGGAAGGCCCCAACAUGCCCCCCAUCCAGAGAGUGGCUAGAGAUUUGCCUGUGGUGGCCACCGCUGCUAUGAAUGCUGUGAAUGCCACAGUGAAGACCCUUGGUGUUAUCCUGCAGUCACAGUGAUGGUGUGUCCAACAUCAAAGAUGAUACCACAGGCUCAUGAGCAUGAAUUCCGCAGCGGUGGUGUUGUGUAGGUAAUACAGACUGAAGUGAAGGUCAAAGACCAUUAUGGUGGCUGGUUAAAGUUGACAUUUGACUUUCAUCAUUAAACAUGAACAAUGUCUCAGUAAACACAUCGCCAUCGGUUCACAACAACUCCUACAACUUUCAUUCUCCAUGGGAAAUGACAUGCUUACCCUAGUUGUUUAUAUUGUAUCUAAUCAAAAUAACUAAAUGAUGGAGUGAGGUGUUAUGCUGGUGCUGUAACUCUUUUCAAAUGACAGCAAAUUGCCUUUUCAUAGGGGUCUUGUAUUUGUUAAAGCAGCAUGAGUGCACUAAGAUUCCCAGCUGUUUGCAUUUGUACUUAUGUUAAGACUAAUUCAUCUCCAACUCGACACUUUCUCACCUCUUGUAGGCUUUGUUACACGGGUUACGGCGAUAACAUCAAUGGAUGUUUGAACAUUCUAGACGUUCAAUGGGAGGAAGGUUCUAUAGGAAUGUGUGGUGCCUUCUAUUGUUUUUCGAAGGAAUUAUUAUUAUCAUGUAUGAUAUGGGGUAAAUUAGAGUUUAAUCUCUUGUUUUACACAAUGCACAUCCAUUGUCUGUAAUUUUAAUAACCUAACCAGAAAAAAUAACGAAGAAUGCAGUUGACAUGUCAUAUGAGAUAUGUAAUAGUGCGUUAUCUUAUGAAUAUUGUUCCUUCUAAGUAGCUUUUGUUUUGUGCAUUAUUUGUACUUCCUAACAACAUUGUUUUUGGGUGGGAUGCAAGGUGACCUCUUUUUUUAUUUUACAUGUGAAAAUGUAUUUAUAGGGUUAUUGUACAGAAAGAUACAAUGGAAAUAAACUUUAUCGACCUAA